AUGGCGGACGCACUCGCCUCACAACUCAGCAACACCCAGCUUGGGGAAGGAAACACAGAACAAAGACUGCAAGACUCACUGAAACUGCCCCCCAAGGACACGCGCCCUCAGACUGAGGAUGUCACCGCUACCAAGGGCCUCGAGUUUGAAGAUUUCUAUAUCAAGCGUGAGCUUAUGAUGGGAAUUUUCGAGGCCGGUUUCGAGAAGCCUUCCCCUAUCCAAGAAGAAACGAUACCCGUUGCUCUUACUGGCAGAGACAUUCUGGCCCGAGCAAAGAAUGGCACCGGAAAGACCGCCGCCUUUGUUAUUCCUACUCUGGAGCGCAUCAAUCCCAAGAGCACGAAAACUCAAGCUUUGAUUCUAGUCCCUACGAGAGAGCUAGCUCUUCAAACAUCGCAAGUCUGCAAGACUCUUGGGAAGCACUUGGGCGUCAACGUUAUGGUCACCACUGGUGGAACCGGCUUGCAGGAUGACAUUAUUCGACUGAACGAGCCCGUUCACAUCCUGGUUUGUACACCUGGACGAGUGCUGGAUCUGGCCAGCAAGGGUGUGGCCGAUCUUUCCGAGUGUCCCACUUUCGUGAUGGACGAGGCCGACAAGCUGCUGUCCCCCGAGUUUACUCCCGUCAUUGAGCAGUUGAUGGCCUUUCACCCUAAAGAUCGACAGGUCAUGCUUUUCAGCGCUACUUUCCCGCUCAUCGUCAAGACCUUCAAGGACAAACACAUGCGCAACCCUUAUGAGAUCAACCUCAUGGAUGAACUUACUCUAAGGGGUAUCACGCAAUACUAUGCUUUCGUGGAGGAGAAGCAGAAGGUUCACUGCUUGAACACUCUAUUCUCGAAGCUCCAGAUCAACCAGUCAAUCAUCUUCUGCAAUUCAACCAACCGCGUGGAACUUCUAGCGAAGAAGAUCACGGAACUGGGAUACUCGUGCUUUUACUCACACGCCCGGAUGCAGCAGCAGCACCGUAAUCGCGUGUUCCAUGAUUUCCGCAAUGGCGUGUGUCGCAACCUGGUCUGCUCCGACUUGCUGACUCGCGGUAUCGAUAUUCAAGCGGUCAACGUCGUCAUCAACUUCGAUUUCCCUAAGAACGCGGAAACUUAUUUGCACCGCAUCGGUCGUUCGGGUCGAUUCGGACACUUGGGUCUGGCUAUCAACCUCAUCAACUGGGAGGAUCGUUUCAAUCUGUACAAAAUUGAGCAGGAACUCGGCACUGAAAUCCAGCCUAUUCCCCAGAACAUUGACAAGAAGCUUUACGUUUACGACUCUCCCGAGAAUAUCCCACGUCCGAUCUCCGGUCCGCCUCAGCCCCAAGUCGGAAGCCAGCAACCCGGAAAUGGCGAUCGUCAGCCUCGUCGCCAGAACCACCAUCAGCACCACCAUCACCAGAACGGUGGCCAAUACUACAAUAACCAUGGCCGUGGCUCCUACCGUGGCGGUCGUGGCCAAGGUCCGCGCCGUGGACCCUCGAAUGACCCUAACCGGGCUCCCCUGACUCCGGGUCAAAUCGCGCCCAAGCCUCCGGCUCCCGUCUCUUAA